AUGGUCUUCCGUCUCAGGCUGGUGCGCCCAUGGCGUUGGAGCCCAGCAGAGUUGACCAGGGUGAUCACGGACGUGCAGGUGGCCAUCUUGGCCAACAUGCUGGGCGUGUCGCUCUUUUUUCUUGUUGUUCUCUAUGACUACGUGGCCGUCAACAAUCCCAAGAAGCAGGAAUGAAAGUGGUGCUUUCUCCGCCCCAGGGUUCCAGGACAUA